AGGUGGGCGACUUGACUCGGUUCACGACAAGACGGUUUCACGCACACGUUUGAGGAAGCAGGAAAUCGAGCUGUGCGACAGCGAAGGAAUGCGACUAAAAUAAUAAUUAAAAAAUACCAGGAAGUUAAGCGAGAAGGGACUACCCUUAAAAACAAUUUAAAAGCAACACAAGAGCAUCGGUCCCGGCAGCAGAUCGGCGUCGUGAGAGCAGAAGAGAGCGAAGAAAGGCGCUCACAGCAAGUUUGCGUUGUUAAGUCAGAGACUAUGGAGAGGACAGCGGAAGAGGGGGGGGUGCCAGCGGGGGGGGAGCGGGUUCAGAACCUGCAGGAGCAGGUGGAGGGCGUGAAGAACAUCAUGACCCAGAACGUGGACCGGAUCCUGGCCCGGGGAGAGAGGCUGGACGACCUGAUGGACAAGACUGAGGACCUGCAGGCCAGCUCGGAGCACUUCAAGACGACCUCUCAGAAGGUGGCUCGGAAGUACUGGUGGAAGAACGUGAAGAUGAUCGCCCUGAUCUGUGUCAUCGUGGGCAUCAUCCUCCUCCUCAUCAUCCUGCUGGCGACCGGAGUCAUCCCCACCUAGACCCCCAACCCUGACACCCCCAGACACGCCCCCCGGACCCCCAGACACGCUCUGUCCUUACCCCUUGAAGACCUUGAGACCUCCCCAGUUUAA